AUCUUCCGUCAUUCGUGCAGAAAACGCGCGAGAAAAUCGUCGCCGGAAAAACGUUUUUUGUUCCCACGCGUCAACGAAACCCACGGUAGUGAUUCCCAGGUGCUCUUGGUGAUGGUGGUGGUGGCGUAAGAGCCGGACAGUGGCUAGUUUUCAAGUGCAAGUUGGAGUCAAUUCCUUCGACUUGAGGACACGGACAUUUGCUGCUGCUCCUGCUGCUUAUCUUUCCUUUCCACUCCCUGGGAGAAAGUGGAAACCUGUAGACGCUAACAGAAGACCUGCUCGAACCAACCGGUGUCCUGUCAAUUAUCUGGUUAUUUGUUUAUUUAUUUUUAUACUGGAGAAAGCAACGGGACGAAAUGAGGGAACUGGAAGACCUCGAACUUGCAGUCAAGGUGCUGAUCGUCGGAAAUGGCGCAGUCGGGAAAUCGAGCAUGAUUCAGCGAUACUGCAGAGGCACUUUCACGAAGGACUAUAAAAAGACGAUUGGCGUGGAUUUCCUGGAACGGUGCAUCGACAUUGAUGGAGAGGAAGUGAGACUGAUGCUGUGGGACACGGCUGGUCAGGAAGAGUUCGACGCCAUCACCAAGGCGUACUAUCGGGGUGCACAGGCGUGUGUCCUGGCUUUCUCCACGACGGACCGGGCGUCGUUUUUCGCCGUCAAACGGUGGAAAAAGAAGGUGACUGAAUUCUUCCUUUGUACCCUUAAUUACGACGAUGCGUUCCGCAAAUUGCCUUUCCGAAUGGAUAGGCACGUGCUGGUCACUUGA